AUGCUUUUCGAAGACCGGCGACUCGCAAUAUUCUUGCUGGCUUCCUCCCUUUUAAUCAUUUGGAGUAUCCGACUCUUUGGUGUUCAUGAUGCAUUUUGGACAUUGCUCUAUAACGGGUCCGGCCAGCGUCCGGAUGAACGCGUUUUCAUCCGCGAGGCCAUGAGCGUCGAGUUUCCUGCUCCUAUCGACUACAAGCCCAUCCAGGAAGUAUGUGCUCGCACUGAUUUCCAACCGGGUUUGUUGUUUAGCUGUGAAGGACAGCACGGUGGUGUCGGGAUGGUUCGCAAUCAAAUUCUGAGAUGCGUACGUUAUGCAAUCCAUGGCGGGGCCGCCAUUGUGAUUCCUUCAAUGGCCCUCCGUAAUCCAAAGAAUCUGGCAGAUAUCGAAACCUCAACCGAGGUGCCUCUUGACUAUCUCUUCGAUCGCGAGGCCUUCACCACACGUCUUUCAGCAGGAUGCCCUGGUUUGCGCAUCUACGAACACGCAGAAGACUUCCCCCAUUACCAGCAGCGAGUGGGAGAGCCUUUGACCGUGGUGGGGGACCAAUUUGAGCCAGAUCAUCCACGCGAAGGAUUGAAAUAUCCCCUCGAAUGGCGUCGUUACUUCGAUGAUUGGCUGGACCAGCAAUCUGUGCAGGUCCGAGCUGAUGUCCCAGUGCAUGUCCACGUUGGACAAUCAUUUCUCGAUUACCCAGUGCAUGCCGACGGCGAUGCAUUUGCGCAGGAGUUCGGCAAGAUCUUGUCUUUCAGAAACGACACGCGCGCGCUAGCAGCCAAACUUCUCUGGAAGCUGGAGGAUAAGUUUGGGUUAUCCAUUGAUCCGAAACAGGCCGUGAACAAAAACGCCUUCUACGGCGCUCACCUACGGCUGGAAGAGGAUGCCAUCUGGGCUUGGCCCCCGGAACAGUGGCGCUUCUCGCGUAUGGAGGAUCAGUUCGAGGAGCAGUUCCAAAAUCUAGAGCGCACGGGUCUCAAUGUUAUUUAUGUCGCAUCAGGAAACCAGACGGUGGUUGAUUUGUUCGCCGAGGGCUUGAACAAGCGUGUCAAAGCAAGAUCAGGUUCUGAGCGGAGAAAUGUACAGGUAGUGACGAAACAUGAUUUACUUCAAGGGCACGAUCGACGACGACUUGACAGCCUGACAUUUGACCAGCAGGCACUGGUCGACUUUCUGAUUAUGUUCAAGGCCAGUGCAUUCAUGGGGGUCGCGUCCUCCAGCUUCCCGUGGAAUGUGGCCCUGCGGAGGCACGAGCUAAGCAAUUACAAAAAAUAUGGCAACGAAGGGUCAGAUCUACUGAGGGAUGAAUACAGUGUCAUCAUGGGGAUGCAGGCUGACUACCCGGAAGUUGACCCGUUCGUUUCGGGAAUAUGGCCAUAG